UUGUAGUGGAGAUGACGGCUAGCAAGAAGCAGCAGCGCUGGUAUUUGGGUGGGAUGGGGGCUUGUAUGGCUGUCCUCUUCACUCACCCGCUAGAUACUAUUAAAGUCCACCUCCAGACUCAACAAGGAAAAGAUCCAGUACACAGGGUGCUUGUGAAAACUCUGAAAACUAACGGGAUUAUGGGGAUAUACAGUGGUCUUUCAGCGUCAGUCCUAAGACAGGCUACUUACACCUCCGUGAGAUUUGGAGCGUAUGAAGUAGCACGUGCUCGACUAACCCCGCCGACGGUUAUGCUGGCUGCUGGGGAGGAGCUAUAG